AUGCAGAAACAACUCCCAAUCUCGGUGAAAGCAAACGCCAUGGCCGAUUCCAAGAACAAGGCGGCCAAGCUGGUCGGCAUCACGGUCCCCAAGGAGACCAAUUGCGGCCAGUGGUAUGUCGAAGUCGUGCAGAAGGCCGAACUCGUCGAGUACUAUUCUGAGAUCUCUGGAUUCUACAUCCUGCGACCUCCUGCGAUGCACGUCUGGAACUCCAUCAAGAAGUUUUUCCAAUCCAACAUUGAGAACAUGGGCGUACAAGAAGCAAGCUUCCCUAUGUUCUUGUCUGCCACGUCGCUGGCUAAGGAGAAGGAGCAUGUCGAAGGUUUCGCGCCAGAGCUGGCAUGGGUCACGAAAGCAGGAGACAAGGACCUCGAGGUCCCCGUCGCUGUGCGCCCCACCUCCGAAGCCGUCAUGUACCCAUACUACGCGAAGUGGAUUCGCUCUCACCGCGACCUGCCCUUGCGACUGAACCAGUGGAACAACGUCGUUCGCUGGGAGGCUAAGCAGACAACUCCAUUCCUGCGCGCCCGUGAGUUCCUAUGGCAAGAAGGCCACACCGCCCACCUCACCGAGGAGCUUGCAUCGAAAGAGGUUUUGGAGAUCUUGGAGCUAUACGCCGCCAUCUUUGAGAAGCUGCUGGCGGUUCCAGUUGUGCGCGGCAAGAAGACAGAAGCAGAGAAGUUUGCUGGCGCCAGCUGGACCUCGACCUGUGAGGCUUUUGUCCCAGCAAAUGGACGAGGAAUCCAGGGAGCUACCUCGCAUGCUCUCGGACAGAACUUCAGUAAGAUGUUUGGCAUCACUGUGGAGGACCCGGAGAAAAAGGGAGAGCACAUCAACGUCUGGCAAAACUCUUGGGGUCUUUCGACUAGAGUCAUCGGCGUCAUGAUCAUGGUUCACGGCGAUGAUAAGGGUCUCGUUCUCCCGCCCAGAGUGGCCAACAUCCAAGCAGUCAUCAUUCCCGUCGGUCUCAACGCCAAGACGAAGCCUGAGGAGCGAACCAAGCACAUGGAGAAGAUCCAGGAGUUGAAGGCUACUUUGCAGGAAGCUGGUGUUCGCAUCCAAGUUGAUGAUCGGGAGGGAUACACCCCUGGCUUCAAGUUCUCCGACUGGGAAAUGAGAGGUGUUCCCCUCCGCCUCGAGUUCGGUCUCCGUGAUGCAGCGGCCUCUAUCGUUGCGACCUCUCGACGUGACACCGGAGAGAAGGGCACCAUCCCGCUGGCGGAGCUUGCAACCCAAGUCCCAGCCUUGCUGGAGAAGAUACAGGAGGACCUGUACACCAAGGCAGCGGCCACCUACGAAUCUCGUCGUCUCAAGCUGACGGAAUGGGACCGUGUUGUCCCUGCACUCGACAGCCGCAAUGUUGUCAUCAUUCCGUUCUGCGAGGGCAUCAAGUGCGAAGACCGCAUUAAGGAGUUGACCCGUAGCGAGGACCAAGAGGAUGAGCAGGGGCGCAAGAUGCCAGGCAUGGGCAUGAAGAGUCUGUGCAUUCCAUUUGCUCAGCCUGAUGGUCUUGUGGCCGGUGAGACCAAGUGUCUGAAUCCCGAGUGCCAGGAGCUCGCCAAGUCGUGGACCAUGUUCGGCCGUAGUUACUAG